GGAGCAGCCCCUCCGGCCGCCGCUGUCUGUCUGCCUGCGGCUCGGCCCUGCGCGCCGGGACUGGGCCUCCUUCCCCGCUUCUCCCCUGGGCGCUCUCCGGGCUGGGCGAUGGGUCGCUCCGGUAUUUCCGACGUCGAGUGUCUCCCCUUGAAAGAGGCCAAGUCACCGGGCAGCGAAAAUGCCCCCUAGUAACCAGACUCGAGUUUUGCUUCUCAGCGACAUGGAAAAGCAGGAGAAGACCCUCUUCAGGCUUGAGCAAGGUUUUGAACUGCAGUUCCGACUGGGCCCAACAUUACAAGGCAAGCAUGUUACAGUGUACACUAAUUACCCAGCUUCUGGAGAAUUAUUCUGUCGCCGCAAGUUUAGGGCACUGUCAUGGCACAACCCAACAGGAAGAGAAGAUGAUUCUGACAAAUAUUGUAAACUGGAUCUCCAAAUUUCUGGAUCAUACCAGUAUUAUUUCAGUCAUGAAAAUGAGAAAAGUGGUGGAGGUUACAUAGUUGUGGAUCCUAUUUUGCGUGUUGGAGCUGAUAAUCAAGUAUUGCAUUUGGACUGUGUUACACUCCAGACAUUCCUAGCUAAGUGUCUGGGACCAUUUGAAGAAUGGGAAGAUCGUCUUAAAGUUGCAAAAGAAUCAGGUUACAACAUGAUUCAUUUUACGCCAUUGCAAAAACUUGGAUUAUCUAGAUCAUGCUACUCUCUGGCUGAUCAGUUAGAAGUAAAUCCUGACUUUUCAAGCCCAAAUAAAAAGUGUACUUGGAGCAAUAUAGGAAACCUAGUGGAAAAAAUGAAAAAUGAAUGGAAUAUGCUUUGUAUAACAGAUGUAGUCUACAAUCAUACUGCUGCUAACAGCGAAUGGAUUAGGGUGCAUCCAGAAUGUGGUUAUAAUCUUGUGAAUUCUCCCCAUCUGAAACCAGCCUGGAUCUUAGACAGAGCUCUCUGUCAUUUAAGCUGUAGUGUGGCUGAAGGGAAAUACAGAGAUAAGGGGCUGCCUUCUUCAAUUGAAAAUGACCAUCACCUGAAUUGUAUCCGUAAAAUAAUUUGGGAGGAUAUUUAUCCCAGGAUAAAACUAUGGGAGUUUUUCCAAGUAGAUGUUAACAAAGCUGUGCAGCAAUUUAAAACCCUUCUGACUCAAGGUAACAGGAAAACUAAAUCUGAUCCAAACCAACAUCUUCAAAGAAUUCAGGAUCCUGAAUAUAAGCGACUUGGCUGUACUGUAGACAUGAAUAUCGCAUUGGCAACAUUCAUACCACAUAGCAAUGGACCAGCUGCAAUAGAAGAAUGCUGUAACUGGUUCCAAAAGAGAAUUGAAGAAUUAAAUGCUGAGCAGUUCCAGCAAACUACCUACCAUCAAGAGCAGGCAGUCACUUGUCUUCUGGAGACUGUGGUUUAUGAGAGACUGGCUGACCAUGGUCCUAAACAGGGUCCUGUUAGUAGAAAAUACCCUUUAGUUACCAGAUACUUUACUUACCCAUUUAAGGAGAUGACCUUGGAAGAGGAAGAACUUCUGAUGCAUCAGCCUGAUAAAGCUUGUCAUUUCUUGGCUCAUAACGGUUGGGUAAUGGGAGAUGAUCCUCUGAGAAACUUCGCUGAACCAGGUUCAAAUGUUUACCUAAGAAGAGAACUUAUUUGCUGGGGAGACAGUGUCAAACUGCGCUAUGGAAAUAAACCAGAAGACUGCCCUUAUCUGUGGGCACAUAUGAAAAAAUACACUGAAAUUACUGCCAAAUAUUUCCAUGGAGUACGUCUUGACAACUGUCACUCAACCCCUCUUCAUGUAGCUGAGUACAUGCUGGACACAGCUAGAAAACUGCGUGCUGAUUUGUAUGUAGUGGCUGAGCUGUUCACAGGAAGUGAGGAGUUGGACAAUAUCUUUGUGACUAGAUUGGGCCUUAGCUCCUUAAUAAGAGAGGCUAUGAGUGCAUAUAACAGUCAUGAAGAGGGAAGAUUAGUUUACCGCUUUGGAGGAGAACCAGUUGGGUCUUUUGUUCAGCCGCGUUUGAGACCUUUAAUGCCAGCUAUUGCACAUGCACUGUUUAUGGAUGUUACACAUGAUAAUGAAUGUCCUAUUCAGCACCGAUCUGAGUAUGAUGCUCUUCCCAGCUCAAUGAUUGUGUCCAUGGCAAGCUGUGCUACAGGAAGCACCAAAGGCUAUGAUGAGCUAGUACCACACCAGAUUUCUGUAGUCUCUGAAGAGAGGUUUUAUGCUAAAUGGAAUCCAGCAGCGACACCCUCUACUCCUGGUGAAGUUAAUUUCCAAACUGGAAUUAUAGCAGGGAGGCAGGCCAUGAACAGGCUGCACCAAGAGCUGGGAGCCAAAGGCUUCAUUCAGGUGUAUGUGGAUCAAGUUGAUGAAGAUAUAGUAGCAGUGACUAGGCAUUGUCCUAACACACACCAAUCAGUAGUGGCUGUGUCUCGUACUGCUUUCAGAGAUCCUAAAACCUCUUCCUACAGCAAAGAAGUACCUCAAAUGUGCAUCCCAGGCAAAAUUGAAGAGGUAGUGCUUGAGGCUAGAACUAUUGAGAGAAAUGUUAGUCCUUAUAAAAAAGAUGAGCAUUUUAUCAACGGAUUACCUAAUUACACGGUAGAGAUCAGAGAACACAUCCAGAUCCGCGAAAGUAAAAUUAUAAAGCAAGCUGGAACUGCUAUAAAAGGUCCCAAUGAAUUUGUUCAAGAAAUAGAAUUUGAAAACUUAACACCAGGAAGUGUGAUAAUAUUCAGAGUUAGUCUUGACCCAAAGGCACAAGAGGCUGUCGGUGUACUCCGUAAUCACCUGAUCCAAUUCAGUCCUCAUUUUAAAGCUGGAAGUCUUCCCGAUGACCAUUCAGCGCCUAUAUUAAAAAAUCUUUUUUCUUCUAUUGCAUCUAAAUUAACGUUGGCUGAUUUGAAUCAAGUACUGUAUCGGUGUGAUGCUGAGGAACAAGAGGAUGGUGGAGGAUGUUACAACAUACCAAACUGGUCAGCCCUUAAAUAUGCAGGCUUGCAAGGAUUAAUGUCAGUCAUGGCAGACAUUAGACCAAAGAAUGAUUUGGGUCAUCCUUUUUGUGGUAAUUUGAGAUCUGGCGAUUGGAUGAUUGACUACGUCAGUGACCGUCUAAUUUCACGUGCAGGAGCCUGUGCAGAAGUCGGUAAAUGGUUGAAGGCCAUGUUCGUCUACCUAAAGCAGAUUCCACGUUACCUUAUCCCAUGUUACUUUGAUGCCAUAUUAGUGGGUGCAUACACAACUCUUCUAGAUCUGGCAUGGAGUCAGAUGUCAAGCUUUGUUCAGAAUGGAUCAACAUUUGUUAAACACCUUUCCUUGGGUUCAGUCCAGAUGUGUGGGAUAGGAAAAUAUCCUUCUCUGCCAAAUCUGUCUCCUACUUUACAUGAUGUCCCCUACAGAAUGAAUGAAAUCACAAAAGAGAGAGAACAGUGCUGUGUUUCCUUAGCAGCUGGUUUACCACAUUUUUCAUCUGGCAUUUUCCGCUGCUGGGGAAGGGAUACCUUUAUUGCACUGAGAGGUCUAAUGUUGAUUACUGGGCGUUAUUUAGAAGCAAGGAACAUAAUUUUAGCAUUUGCUAGUACCAUGAGACAUGGUCUUAUUCCCAAUCUGCUUGGCCAAGGGACCCAUGCCAGAUUCAAUUGCCGUGAUGCUGUGUGGUGGUGGCUUCAGUGUAUACAGGAUUACUGUAAAAUUGUUCCAAAUGGCACAGACAUUCUCAAGUGUCCUGUUUCCAGAAUGUAUCCUACAGAUGAUUCUCCUGCGCAGCCUGCAGGCACAUUGGACCAACCGCUGUACGAAGUAAUACAGGAAGUUAUGCAACAACACAUGCAAGGCAUAGAAUUCCGAGAAAGGAAUGCUGGUCCACAGUUAGAUCGAAAUAUGAGGGAUGAAGGUUUCAAUGUGACUGUAGGUGUCGACCAUGAAACUGGUUUUGUCUUUGGAGGGAACCGCUUUAAUUGUGGCACAUGGAUGGAUAAAAUGGGAGAGAGUGAUAGAGCUCGCAACAAAGGAAUUCCAGCUACUCCAAGAGAUGGAUCUGCUGUGGAAAUUGUUGGCCUUUGUAAAUCAACUAUUCGUUGGCUACUGGAGUUGUCAAAGAAAAAAGUGUUUCCUUAUCAGGGAGUCACCAUAAAAAGGCAUGGAAAAAAGGAAACUAUCACAUAUGACGAGUGGAACGGGAAGAUUCAAGGACACUUUGAAAAGCUGUUCUUUGUCUCUGAGAACCCAGCAGAUCCUAAUGAAAAACAUCCAAAUCUGGUUCACAAGCGUGGCAUAUACAAGGACAGCUAUGGAGCUUCAAGUCCUUGGUGCGAUUACCAGCUCCGGCCAAAUUUUACUAUAGCAAUGGUUGUGGCCCCUGAGAUAUUCAGUCCUGAGAGAGCUUGGAAAGCUCUUGAGAUAGCAGAGGAAAAGCUGCUUGGUCCACUGGGCAUGAAAACAUUGGAUCCAGAUGAUAUGGUUUACUGUGGCGUAUAUGAUAAUGCCCUGGACAGUGACAACUACAAUGUUGCCAAAGGUUUUAAUUACCAUCAAGGACCUGAAUGGCUCUGGCCUAUUGGAUAUUUCCUUCGUGCAAAGUUGUACUUUUCCAGGUUAAUUGGUCCAGAGAUGUAUGCAAAGACGGUGGUUUUGAUUAAGAAUGUUCUCUCUCGCCAUUAUGUUCAUCUUGAGAGGUCAUCCUGGAAGGGGCUUCCAGAGCUGACAAAUGAAAAUGGGCAAUAUUGUCCAUUCAGCUGUGAAUCACAAGCCUGGUCAAUUGCUGUUAUCCUUGAAGUUCUUUAUGACUUGUAAAAGUUGGCUUUGAUUACUUGGUAAAAUUUGCUAUGUACUUGUAUUCAAAAGGUACAAAUGAACAGUUUGCUCAUACUGUAGUGAAAAUGUUUCGCACAGUCACUUAAAUAACUAUGGUCUGAUUUUUUCCAAAGGUGCUUAGUAUCUGUAUCUCCCAUUCACAGAAGAGGUAUUUAAGAGUGCUGCUCAGCACUUCUGAAAAUCAAGCCAUUACACUUGUUACAGAAAAGCUUAUAAAGCAGCAACUUGGAAAAUGUACGCAAAUGCAUUUAAAAUAGCUUUUGAAUUGUACACAUACUAAAUUAAACUAUAUCCUGUAUAACAAGAUGUUAGAAGAAUUGUCUGGUUCCAAAUUAGAAUAUGAAUGCCAAGUGGUUCUAAAAAUCUGAGUUAGAACUCAUGGAGUUCUCUUUUCCAUAUUUUCUGUUAGUCAGUAGGUGUGUGUACACUCAUCAUGGAGGAGAAUAGAUUGUACAAGUAUAGGUAGUAUGAUCUGUUCUCUGCUGCAGUCGUGCAUUUCAUAGAUUGCACUUUCAUUAGUGUUUUGUCCCUUUGUGAUGAACUGUGUAGCUUUUCCUAACAAUUUCUUCUCUUCCAUGUUCAACUGAACACUCCAUUAAAAAAAUUAAGUUUUCACUCUUUACAGAUAAUUGUAGUAAAUUAAUAUCUUCACAGACUUUAAAUGGAAUUUGAGGACUGUAAUUCUGAACAAUGACAUGGAUGUAUCCUGUGUAAGAUACUUUUAUAGGUUAUUUUUUGUGCUAUGGACCAUAUGGCCAAAAUGUAUUUCUUGAAUUUAAUUUGGUUUAAAAUAACGUACAUCUGUCAAUAAAUUUGUUCCACCAGUAGGAAACCGGAAGAAACACUUUAUCAUGCAAUGCCCUGUACAUAUAUCAGGUGAGGUCAAAGGAUCCAGGAGCCCACUAACUUAAUGAUGAAUUUGAAAGAAUACUAAAUUUAUUUCAGCCCUUGCUUCGAGUAGUCGUCUUCCCUGGGGGAUGAAAUUCUUUCUCUACUGAAGUCAGUUGAAAAACUCCUUUUGACUUCAGGAAGGUCAGGGUUCCUCCCCAGUUGCAGAAAGGGAGCAGUCUGAUUCCAAAGUCUUCGGAGGUAAUGCUAAUAAGAGCAAGGGUACUGACAGUUGCCUGUUUCUUUUCUUCCCUUGAAUGUUACUUCCAUAAAAGCAUUUGUUCUGUAAUAUAUAAACACACAAAUACCUUUACCUGAUCUCAGCCCAACCUUUUCAAAUCUUUGGGUACGUGGAUGGGGUGGGAAAUGUAUCCAUUUGAAUCUUCUGUCGGUCCCUAAAGUAAUGAAUAGACAACAGCUAGACUGGCCAGUAAUGCCCUCAAAAUCACAGAAGGAAAUACAGCAUUACAUUGUAGAAGAAAUGGACUGAUAAUACAGAUUGAAAAUACAAACCUGCCAUACUUCUUAUUGUUCUGUAGUUCAUAUAUAUUUUACAUUCAUGUUUUAAAAUUUACCCAACACAUUUAAAAUGUGGUGUUGGCACAUAUCUGCUUACUUCAUGAGAAAAUACAGUUAUAGGUAUACACUUCUACCCCGAUAUAACGCGACCCGAUAUAACACGAAUUCGGAUAUAACGUGGUAAAGCAGCACUUUGAGGGGACGGGGCUGCGUGCUCCAGCAGAUCAAAAUAAGUUCGAUAUAAUGCGUUUUCACCUAUAACACGGUAAGAUAUUUUUUGGCUCCCAAGGACAGUGUUGUAUUGGGGUAGAGUUGUAUUUAAGAACGAACUGCUGAGAGAAGCAUUUAGGCAAGCGGAUUAAAGAUAAAAGUCCAAUGCAGUUUUAUUUGUGAUGGAUUUCAGAGAUUUAUUUUCUAGAAGCCAGAGUUUUUAAUUUUAUUCAGAUUAUCACUUAAAUUUAUGGUACUUCAUUGGUUAUAGUUGCACUACUCAGAUCACCUGGUCAUAUUCACUAUUUUAAUCUAACCACUGUUUUUUAUUUGUGUGAUGUGCUAGUUCGGAUACAUGGGUCAAUGUCAUGCUUUCCCGAUAAUAGAGUUUUUAGUUGAAUAGUUUAGUAAUUGGUUAUAGGUCACUCUGUAUUAUUAGUGUGGUGUUUUUAAAUUUUUGUAUAAUUGAUUUUCCUUAAUAUGGGUUCAAAUAAUUGGAAGUGAUGCUUAAAGGAAAUUUGUCUCGUUCAGAUUUUCUUUUGUGCUUAGGUUGUGAGCUGUUUGAAAUGGAUUCUUUAGGAAACUUUGUCAUCUAGCCUGACAGAUUGCAUAAGAGAUGAGACAAAAACAUAAAUUGAAAAGAAAAUGAUUCAUUGUUCUGUUACGUAAAGCAUAUCUCAUUCUUUAUACCUUUUGUAAUCAGGAUUUCAAAAUUAGAAUGCAGAUUAUUUUCAUUCUUGAGUACAGUUUUUGACUAAUUGUAUUUGUUGAAAAGUCAGCAAGAGCCAAGUAAAAAUGUUUAUAUGCAAUCAUAAAUCAGCAUGCUAUUUUACAUGUUUGUGUGCAUUUGAGGAAAUUCAGUUUUAUUAUUGAAAUAUUUAAUGAUACAUAAGGAACGUAAGAAGUUAUUAAAUUAUGGGUUUGUUUCUAGUUUAGCUCUUCAUUACUGUGGGUAGAAUUGGAAAGUGUAGAGUGGGAUAACUUUGGGGAGGGGGAUUUAUUUAAUAAGGCUGUCUUGAAAUUGGAAAGAAGUUUGAAGAGCUAUUAUUGUUCUAAAUAGAUUGUUAUUGCAGUUACUAUAAUCCCAAUCUCUAAAUGUAAGAAAUCUGGGAGAAAUGAUGCUUGAACACUUUCCAUUCUAUCAUGGCUAAGUUUAAAAAGUUUAGUGAAUUGCACUGUUAACAUGAACAUAAUAUACAUUUCUCAUUGCUAGUUUAUUUUUAACUUAAUAUUAAAAUAUUUAAAAAGAGAAAUCACAGAUGUACACAGAUAUAUAUUAUGCUAAUUAUGAAUUUUGCAAAUAGAUGCAUGUUUAAAAUGCUAAUUCUGCACUGACUAACUGAUGUAAUUCUAGUGACAUAUAUACUUUUAAGAAUAAAGUAGGGAAAUUAUAUAUUAUGGGCUGGUUUUGCCCAUGGAAACAAGAACAUUUUAGAUUUUAAAUUUCUAUUCAGUCCUUCUUGUUUGAUCUCAAACUCUUUUUUCGAUGUUUUUGGUCAGAUUGGACAACUUAAGAAUGAAGUGAGAAAGUCAUAGGUAACAUUUCUUGAAUUUUCCUCUGAACAUAUUAAAAAUGACUUGUGUAUGACAUAUUUAAUUUGGGAGGGGGGGUAGAGGGAAGAGAGAACUGUUGAUCUAAUAUUUUAUUAUAUAUGUUGGACUUCAGCACCAAGUAACCUGUAUACAGCCCAAAAAACAACAGAGUCCGAUGGCACCUUAAAGGCUAACAGAUUUAUUUGGGCACGAGCUUUCGUGGGUAAAAAACCUCAUUGCAUCUGAAGUGAGGUUUUUUACCCACGAAAGCUCAUGCCCAAAUAAAUCUGUUAGCCUUUAAGGUGCCAUCGGACUCCUUGUUGUUUUUGUGGAUACAGACUAACACAGCUACCCCCUGAUACUGUAUACAAUCAAGUUAUAAACACCUUUAAAAAUAGUUGGCUGUAAUUUAGGAAUGUUGACUGAUCCUGAACCAUAGUGACGCUAACACCAUGGUAUAAUAUACUGUAAAACUUAAUCACUCAAACUUAUGGUCAGUAAAAUACUUAUUUUUGUAGCUAAACUGAAUGUGAACUUGGUACUUCUGCCAUGUACCAAUCUGUUUCUUGCUUUGUAUGCUGUGGAGCAGAGACCUACUGGCAUUGCUUCACCAGAUCUUUUUUGUCAAUUCAAGUAAUGUGCAUUAUUUCUAAUCUGUUUUCAUUAAUUUAAGUUUUUACUGAUCAAAAAUGGAUAAUUUGAGGAAAUAUUUAAAACAAGGAAUCAUUCUAGUACUGCAUGUUGUAAUAUAAAAUAAAACCAUCAAGUCUAGCAUAGCAACUAUUGAAUUUAGAAAAAUGUACUUCUUCAUUUGUCUGUGACCAGCAUAAAAUAAAAGUAUCUAACAAA